AUGCAUCAUUUGAAGAUGGUAAUGGUAAAGACUCUUAAUCAUCCUCCGCCACUGCCUCACAUUCUCCCUCUUUGGCUUAGUAAGGAGCUCUCAUCACAGAUUUUCUAUAUCCCCUGUGAAGUUGAUACAGGUACAAGCAGCAACAUUCUACCUCUGUACAAAGCAAAUGCUCUUUUUGAACAGAUCUCAAGCUGGGACAACAGAGAAUGAAUCUGAAAGGCUACAAUGACAGCCCAGUUGAGAAUCUUGGAUCCUGUUCUGUGUGCCUUCAUCANAGGUGGAUCAGACAAUCAAAAACGCACCAAGAGAGAAACCUGCUUCAAUUGUGGAGCAAAGCCUACACAUCCAAGAAGUCAAUGCCCUGCAAAGAAUGCAAAGUGUUUUAAGUGUGGAAAAGAGAAACAUUCUGGCUCUGUUUGCGAAUACAAAAGCAAAGGAGGGAAUGUUAAUGAGUUACAAACCCAGCCUAUCAAUGCACCCUCAAACCAAAACAGCACAGUGGAAGACUAUACACCAGUGUAUGUUACUGCAACCAUGCAUCAUUUGAAGAUGGUAAUGGUAAAGACUCUUAAUCAUCCUCCGCCACUGCCUCACAUUCUCCCUCUUUGGCUUAGUAAGGAGCUCUCAUCACAGAUUUUCUAUAUCCCCUGUGAAGUUGAUACAGGUACAAGCAGCAACAUUCUACCUCUGUACAAAGCAAAUGCUCUUUUUGAACAGAUCUCAAGCUGGGACAACAGAGAAUGAAUCUGAAAGGCUACAAUGACAGCCCAGUUGAGAAUCUUGGAUCCUGUUCUGUGUGCCUUCAUCAUGGCAAGAAAACAUAAGUCUCAUGUGAAAUGGCAGACAGCAAAGGUCACAUGAUCCUGGCCAGGAAGCAAGCAUUGCUAAUGGCAUAUAUAUGUUAG